GGAAAUGAGUCAAGACGGGUCACGUUGGUCAGAUGGUUGGUGGAGACAGUAAAUGGAAGAAUCAAGAAAAAGUUCAAAUUAUUUCGAGAGACGGUUCCAGGAGGUAAGUCUAUGUAAUAAUUUAUGCGUACCAAUGUCAAUGUAUGUUGGUACAAGUUUUAAAGUUAUUACACUGUGCGAUUAAUUGCAGGAUACCUUGAGAAGCUGCCCAUGUUCUUCAGAAUUGGUUGCGCCCUUAUUAACUGUUUCUGCCCUCCUCUCUCCACCCACUCACCCAAGCAUGAUAAGAUAGCCGAACGAGCAUUGGAACUUGCUGACCAGGAGAAUUUACUACAAAAGCGAGUGGAGGACGAGAAGAUGGAUCGCCGGACUAAGGAAUGGAAGACAGCCUCGCUGAAAGAAUUUCCAAAAUUCCCGAAGCUUUCCGUUGACGAUUUAGAGGACAUUACCCUUGGAGUGUAUCAGAUUGGAUUGGCCAAGAGAUACGCUAAUCUGCACAUGAAAAAUUCUCCAAUCUUUGAAAUUAAACUGAAUUCAGAAUUUCCCAACAUCGUGCGAGCCAAGAUUGAAUCAAGAUUUACAGCCAACAAGGCCCACGAUCUAUGGAUCGAAUAUUCUUCGGACCCAGAAGUUAAAGGUGCUGACGCCAUAAGAGGUUUCUAUUGUAAAUGUAAACAAGGCGCUCGGACAAUGGGCUGUUGUGCACAUAUUUCCACGGUGCUGUGGUACUUGGGUUAUCAAAGGUACCAAAACCCAGUUACAAUUAACGUGCGGAAACGGAAGCUGGAAAUUAUCAACGCGGGGCGUUCCAAGGAAGUGGUGGCGGAGAACUAAGACGAAGAUUUUGGUUAUACUAUUUUUAGUUAAGGUUAUGCAUGCACGUCAAAUCUGGUAAUGAUUAACAAUUUUAGUUCAUUUGUAAAGUACGAGAGAAUUUGGGAAAGCCCAUGUGUACUAUGAUUGAUUUCGUAGUUGGCAAAUCCCAAACGUACUUGCAAAUGCAUGGAGGGUGAUUAAAAUUAAUAUUAAUAUUUUAUAUUAUUUUUUCAGGUUUCAAGGUUCAACAGUUUCGAGUUACAAUCUUUCUGUGAUUUAUGCAU